CAUGUACCAAACGUGACCUUCUUUGUUGAGUACGUGUUCUCCUACGGGUUCGGUCACGCAUUUGGUUUUGAUGGUUGAGCGGUGGUGGUUGAUGCCAAGUCUGAUAUUUGCAGUUGUUCUGUAUUGCGUGACGUGUGAGAUAGGAAGCUCCAGUUCUCAGUCAGACAAUGAGCAACCCUCAGUUUACUGAAGUGUCACAAAACUUCUGGGAGGAUAUCUGGAAAGAACAACAAAUUGGAUUCCAUAGAGACCAUGUUGAUUUGUUGCUAGAGAAGCACAUUGAUAAACUGAUCAAUGGCAGACAGAGAAUUAAGAUUUUCGUUCCCUUGUGUGGAAAAUCCGUAGACAUGAAAUGGUUAUGGGACCAGGGACACACCAUUAUUGGUGUGGAAUCUGUUAGAAGCGCCGUGGAGGAGUUCUUCAAGGAGCAAUCCAUUAAAUACACCGUAUCAGAUCUACCAGACAUUGGCGGUUCUGUCUUCACGAGUGAAGAUGAAAGAAUGAAAUUGUACUGCUGUGAUUUGUUUAAAUUCAACAGCAAGUUGGAAGGCGGAAUGAAUGCUGUCUGGGAUAGGGGAUCAAUAGUGGCCAUCAACAGGGACGAAAGGCAAAGGUAUGCAGAACUGUUAACAAGCCUGCUUUCCCCGGAUUGUCGAUAUCUUUUGGACACAUUGGAAUAUGACGAAACUAAAUAUCCAGGGCCACCAUUUUAUUUAUCAGAGCAGGAAAUACACAAUCUGUUCGGGGACAAGCUGAGCAUCACCAGGCUGGACCGAAUAGACAUCUUUGAAGAGGCAUUUAAGCCAUGGGGAAUAGAGAGUUUGCACGAGAAGUUGUUUUUAAUGACUGUUAAAUGAUAAAAUAACUGUGUACACUCAAAUUGAGUAGAUGAUGCUGAGAAAUAUGUUGAAGUCUUGUACAGAAUUCCAAUACUUAUAUACAUUAGUUCUUGUAUGAAUAAAAGAAUUAACAGAA